AUGGAGGAGGAGGAGACGGAGGAGGAGGAGGAGGAGGAGCGUCGCGUAAAACUCAUUUCAUUCAUACAAUUGCAAUUGCAUGAUAACCCGCGCCGUUCCAUGAUGAUUAGCGAACGCCACAAAACCCUCAAUUUGGUAACAAUAAUUUCUUGCUGGCUUUGCCUGUACGCCGCAUGCCCCGCCACCUGUGCGGCUGACGAGGUGUUCGAGGUCUUGCCACAAUCUGUGGCAGCAACAGCGACGGGCAAGAGUGGCAGCCAACAGGAUGAAGUGAAUGGCUUGGCGUUUGUAACGCCCAAUGCGACAACAGCACCUCGCUUGGAUCCGAACAACAACAACGAGUGGCGACCUUUGGGCCACGGGGAUCCGCUGCAAAAGGAUCCCACCUAUGAUUACAGUCCGCCCGCGCUGGAUCGUGUGCGCUACUGGGCGGAGAACAAUGCGAGCAGUUCGGAUGCCAGACAGAAGCAGCUGCCGGCGGAGGUGCUGCGCAACAAAACCAAAAGUGAAAUCCUAUUGCUGGGCGUACCCGGCGAAAGGGAGCGCUCCCGGCCGAAGCAGCCCAAGCAGCCGCAGGCCAAGUACGCGCCCAUCCGCAGAAGCUACUAUGCUCCUCCCCAGCAGCAGCAGCAACAGGUGCAGCAGGUGCAGCACAUGCCGCACACGCACCUGAUGCCGCCGCCAAUGCUGAUGAAGGGCAUGGGUCAUGUGGAGUAUCGCCAUUCGCCGAGCAGCUCCUCCUACAUGAGCAUGAACAUGGGCGGAGGCGUCUAUAGCUCGCCCGGUAAACAGUCCAGCUCCACGCAUUACUACAGCAGUCCGUCGGCGGCGACGACGUCCUGGUUCAGCCACUCGCCGACCAUGUCCGAGAUGCCGCAUCGCAUGAGCUACAUGGACGCACAUCACCAGGAGUCCAUGCAGCACUAUUCCCUCUCCAGGCCGCAGGCCGUGAGCUAUGCGCCCAACUCAAUUCAUGCGCACUCGACGACGGGAGCCCGCAAGCCCUGGCUGCACGAGCUGCUGCAGAAGGAGCUGGUGGUGAAGUCGACCAUGAAGCAGCGCAUGAAGCCCACCAUGCCGGCCACCAAGUAUCUGAUGGGCACCACCAGGCCGCAGCUCCCAGCCGCCAGCCCCACCACCCACGCUCCCUUGACCUAUUCGCCGGUGACCUUUGUUCCCGGUCCGCCCACUGUAGCCACGCCUACAACAAGCAGCACACGCCCAGAGGUCUAUAUCACGCCAAGCACGCUGAUGUCCACCGGCAGCUCCGGUUUUCGACCCAUGGUCGGGUCGACAACGACUACGACGACGACCGCGACGCCCAUUUAUCAGCGUCCGGAGACGACGUCAACGACGAGCAGCUCCCGGCUGAUGAUACCGCAGACGAGCAACCUGGCGCAGCGACCCACAGUGGCACCUGCCCCAGAACUAACCACCGAUGCGCUCUUCUCGCACUACAAACAGCCGCCGAAGCCGCUGCUGGGACCGAUGUACCUCAUCAUCGAGGGCCACUCCAAGGUCAAGACCUAUGGCCAGAACGAGCUGGAUCCGCACAGUCCCAAGAUUGUGCCCGUCAUUUCGAAGCGGGAGCCGGUGGUGCGCAUUGCCGAUCCCAACGAGCAGCGCGGCACCGUCGAGACCUACCAGGUCAAGCAUUUGCAUACCAAGACGACGCCGCUAACGACUACAACAACAACCUCCACGACGACGACGGCGAGACCAAGCACCACCGAGGGGAGUUCAAUGAGUCCCAGCACAGAGAUGCCGCCCGGUGGCGGCGUGCAUGAUCUGCUCAGCUUGCUGGACAACAUGUUUGCCGAUGCGCACGAUAUGGCCGCAACAAGCAGCACAACAGCGGGCAGCUCCUCCCUGGCCACGGCCUCGGCGAGCACCGUCUUAAGACCGGUGACAACAACGAAAACAAAGCUGCAGCCGCAGCUGCCGGAGCCGCGCAUUGGCAGCCAGGCGGGCAGCAUCGAGAGCCAGCUGGAGACGGAGGUCACAGACGGAUCACAGCUCGCGACCAGCACGGAACCCGAACAGCCGCCGCGCGCCACCCGCCAGAUCUUUGACUAUGAUCAAUUGCCCGAGUCGCGCAUUAAGGCCGAGGCCCCCGACGAACUUGACUACGAAGCCGAUUAUGAUGACGAUGCUGAUGAAGCUAAUGAUAAUGAUAAUGUUGAUGGGGACAAUCUGGAGGAUGUGAGUGAAGAUAGUCAACAUAAUUUACUCAAACGCAUCGAUAGAUUCGUCGAUGAUGUGGAUGAUGGAGACGAUGAUUUGGACGAUUUGAUUGAUGAUAAUGAUAAUGAUGAUGAUGAUGCUGAUGCUGAUGUUGAUGCUGAUGAUGGUGAGCAGCAGCAGGCAGAGGAGAGCAGACAGCAGCAGCGGCAGCAGCAGCAGCACCAUUAA